AAACGGUUGAGAGGGUAUAAGAGUCUCACGAUAGCCUCACAACAAAAGGAUGGAUUUGAGAGUGGCGAGAAAGUCAAAAGAAAUACUUUUACAAACCGUACAAAAUUGUCAUUGCAAUAUCUGGACCUCGGCGUAUUGUUGACGAUACAAAUCUUAAGAUAUAAAAACCUCAAACACAUAGCCUAGCAUCUCAAACAUUUCAACACUUCAGAACUUCACUAGAACACAAUGUCUCGCUUUUCACUGCAAAACAACUCGAACAGGAGGAAAGCAUAUGAAGCUGGACAAUCUCCAUUAGAGUUACUUCCACCUGAGCUUCUUCAAAAGAUUCUUGAAAAUCUAGAAUUGAAAUAUGAUCACAGAGAAGGAGGUUCAAGCAAUGAUUCCGGUGACAUCAAUUGCCCCCACCUGGAGAGACCUACUUUAUUUUCAUGUCUUCGUGUAUCAAGAGCCAUUUAUAUGAAUGCACUUUUCAUUACAUAUCGAAGUGUUACAGUUACUCACAUGUCCGCCUUUAAUCAUAUACUUGCUCAACUUACCGAAAAUCCCAUCUUGGGUAGAACCAUUCGACGUCUUGAUUUCUCCGAACUGAAAACCACACGCCCAAUGAGAGAGUUUUCCAAUUACCUUUACGGAAUAGUUUCACUCGCUCCACACCUUCGAGAAUUCCGAAUCCCGAAGGAUACCAACCUAAAUGGUUUCUUAAGCGAGUCCUUACUUCGACUACUUUUUGUUGGGUUACCUCAUUUGAAGACGUUAGACUUAGGUAAUUGCACAUCAUCAACACUGGAUUGCAUACCUAGCAUACUUGAUAGUAUGCCAGCAUCUGUUUCACUUCCGAUCAAAUCAUUAUCCUUGGAGAAUUGUAAAGCUCUACCAGCUUCGUCCUUCGACUCCUUAUUUUCACGGCUUGGCCCGAUACAGUCGAUGACGUUAUCACACACUCAUAUCACGACAGAAGCUUUACAACUUCUUCCUCCUACGGCCAAAAUAUCACAUUUAGCUCUCAAUCAUUGCCCCUUCCUUGAAGAUGUCUCUCUGAUUGACUUUAUCACCUCACAUCCGUCUGUGAAGAAUACAUUGGAAUACCUCGAUGCCUCUGCUGACCUUACGGUUGGUGAAGAGAUAAGCGAAAAGGACACAGAACGUCUACUGAAAUAUGCACCAAGGUCAAUCAAAACUCUCAAGCUAAGAGGAUGGAAGAUGGACUCAGCAUGUGUCGCCCAGUUAAAGGCGUUGAAUCAAACAGUAGAAGAGUUGAGCAUAGGCACCGGCCUCCGCAUGCGCGAUCUCGAAUCUAUAUUUCUAGAUACUGAAGACAGCGAAUCACGAAACGAAGAAGAGGGAACCGAUUCAUCAGAGAUCGACUCAAAGUAUACAACUGUUCUCGAGCCAAUGGAACGUGCGAUAGCCAUCACCAAGUUACGACGAAGGAUUUUCAGCACCCCCUUACCUACUUUCACCGGUGUCAAACACAGCUUAAGAUAUCUUGAUAUUAGAGGAAUGACAUUGGCAGAACAGAGCAAGAUUCGAUCUUCAAUCUUGCUAGGCAAGCAAUCAGUGGCAUUGAAUGUGAUUGCUGUGAACGAUAGAUUAAUGGAUAGAGAAGGGACGUUGAAGGAAAUUUGCGCGAGUGUGGGAUGGACGGUAAAGAGAGAUGGGAGAAGAUGUCUCUUGGUUAGACGAAAAUUUUAAUGUGCUUUCAGGAAAAGUUUUGGAGAAGGUCUGGCCUUCACGAUCAGCAUGGAUUGGUGUUUUGGGAGCAUGGUGUGCGGCGUUUAAAAAGCUCAAAAGUAUUUGACCUUGGAUUGAUACUAUAGUAAUAUAUGUCUUAAUUUUUAAUCAAUAUCAAUCGCUUUCGAUUUUCAAU